CCCUUGGAGCAUGCGCAGUGGCCCCUGUCCCGGAGCCUCCCUUGGAGCAUGCGCAGUGGCCGUCAGGCCGUUUAUCACAGCCCCGGUGGAAGUUCAGCGACGUGGCGGUGAGGAGUCGAAGGGACGCGUUUGGGGGAUAUAUCAAAGAUGGAGGAAACUGAAACUACGGAGGCACCCGAGGAUAAAGAAUCUUUAAUUUCAGAAGAAAGUUUAAGUGUUGCAGCCAACGAAGGGGAAAGCAAUAAAAAUGAUGUAUCAUUGCAGCACUCCAAGUCUGAACAUGAGACAAACACUACAGACAAUUCCCAAACUGAGGACCACGAGUCUGCAGAAAGGAAACUUCAAAUUAAUGAAAGUAAAGGCAAGAAUUCCAUCAGUAUGACAAGAAAGAGACCAGAAUCAAAAGGAUCCACUCCUGGGAUAACUGAACAGCAACCCUCGGAGCUUGAUGACAAGCCAAAGGUCGUCUCUGAUCAGGAGGCAGGAAGUUGGGGCUACUGGGGCAAUUGGGGGAAGUCACUGCUUACUACAGCAACAGCCACAGUUGCAUCUGUUGGUCAUGGAAUUUCCCACGUGAUUGAAAAAGCCGAGUCCUCUCUUGGGAUUCCCAGCCCUACGGAGGUUUCAGCAGAAACAAGACUGUCUGAAGGGGACAAAGAAAACUCUGAAGAAGGCCCUAAAACUGAAAGUGGAACCUCCUCCCCAACCAGUGGAGCGUUUGGGGUGUUUUCUACCAUAACAAGUGCAGUACAAAGCACGGGAAAAACUGUACUAAGUGGUGGUUUGGAUGCUCUUGAGUUCAUUGGUAAAAAAACCAUGGACGUCAUCGCAGAAGGAGAUCCUGGAUUCAAGAAAACACGAGGCCUAAUGUAUAGAACAACCACAUUAUCCCAGGUUCUGCGGGAAGCGAAAGAAAGAGAAGAAGAACAACAGGAACAACAUCAAACAGCUGGUGAACAUUCAACGGCUGCAGAAAAGAAGGCUAAUUAUGGAAUUUUGUUCGAUGAGUUUCAAGGUCUGUCCCAUCUGGAAGCAUUGGAGAUUUUGUCAAAUGAAAGUGAAGUAAAGGUUAAAUCGGUGAUUAAUUCUCUGUCUGGAGAAGAAGUUGAAAAGCUGAAGGAGGAGUUGGAAACAAUUACAGAAGCGUUUUCUUCGUUUGAAUUUGAUGAUGAGGAAGAGGUGGAGAAUGAAGGAGAUGAUGGGUCUAGAUUUGUGGAAGAAAUGUCUGAGUUGUUAUCAGAGCUGCAUUUAGCUGUAACAUCUGAUAAAAUAGGCAAAGUGAGAAAGAACGCGAAUGAAUGCAUAAUUGAAGUAAGGUCUCAAAUAGAAAUUAUAUCAGAAGAACCAGAGAAAAAAGACCAAGAUGAGAAGUCUACAUGUGAUGGCUUGAAUAAAGAUCACAAAGUUUCAGUUGCGAAUAUCCAUACAUCAGCUGUAAGAAGUUUGGCUGAGCUCACUGCUCGAUCCAUUGAACAGUUCCAUAAAGUGGCAGUACUAAUUCUUCACAGCCAGAACCAAGACGUGGGGGCAUUGGAUCGUGCCAAAACUCUGUCUAAAUUGACUGUCGUCUUGUGUAAGGAAAUGGCUACUCUUUCGAAACAGUUUACUACUUGUUUAACAAUAAUAGGGGCUAAAGAGAAAGUCGACAUUCUUAAUCCAUUAAUUACUGGAGUAUUUUUGGAGGCCUCCAAUAGUGCAACAUACAUCCAGGAUGCAUUCCGGCUUCUACUUCCAGUUCUUCAAAUUUCUCAAAUCCAGACCAGCUUGAACACAACUGCGCAAUGACUCAUUUAACUAACUUUCCAUGACAUAAAAAGUUUGCAUGAAUUGUCUGCCAAAAAUUCAGUCGCUGGUGUGGAUUCCUUUAGGAUGCCUUUUGUAACACUUCAAACAUGUUUUUUGUUGAGAGAUGGGAUUUAACAGAGAGCAGGGAAAAGGUAAGUAACUUACCUCUGCAUAAAAAGUAAAUGGCUUUUCUCUAUAAAAAAAAAAGCCACUAUUAUAAAAAUGCACUAAGAUAUUUGGGUCAUAAUCUCCAGCAUAUGAUCUUUCUGUUCAAAUUUUCACAAUUUUUUUUUAGUUCUUCUAUGCAUGAAAGAAAACUUAAUGUUUCUCAUAAUUCCUACCAGAUUGACUUUUCAUGGAACUAAAAUUUGUAGCUGUAUAAUAGCAAUAAGUUAUUUUUCAUUACAGAUCUUUAUACAGAAUUAAAUGUAUAUUGGCUUACACUAAAUGUAAAUCGUAAAAUAAUUCAGAAAAUAUUUGUGGAAAUAGUCUACCACGUUUAUUUCUGAUUUUGCCAGUCAUCACUGGCUGGUCAUUUAACUAAAUGCAAUUUUAUGCACUUUUUUUGUAAUCUCUGUCUCCCAAACUUUCCAAAGAAAUUCACAACAGUGAAAUCGAUGCUUCUCAUUUGUGAAUCUGCUACAUACCACUCCAACUCCAUGGAAAGUGGUGCAGCUGGUAGACCUGCUUUCUCAUAGCACAAGAGACUCUAAUGCAGUUCAGACCUUGGGUGCUGCCUGCGAAGCGUUUGCGCGUUUUCCCUGUGAGCUGCAGCUUCCUCCCACAUUUGUUAAUUGGCUGCUGUAAGCAGUAAAUUGAUGGAAAAGUGCAAUAAAGUGUGGACUCAGUGGGCUGAAGGACCUGUUUCCAUGCUGUACAUUUCAAUCAAUCAAUACACCUUGUGCUUAAACACAAUGGCUUGUUGUUUGAAAAAUGUACUGUGCAUUUAAAAAAUACUCAGUGGAAGAUGUGAUUUAUAAAUGCAAGGGUCGAUUUAAUUCCUUAAGUUGUUUUGGUAUAAGCCCAGGGAAAAUAUAUUUUUGACAUCUAUAAAACUUGUGUCAUAAGACUAAUUUCCACCAAAACCUAGAUGUGGGUGAGAAUUAGAAUGAGUUCUAUUAUUUUGCAUAUUUAGCAGCAAUCCUUUACUAUCUUAAAGUCAGUUUAACACUUAAACUAUGAACAACAGUGUCCUAAUCGCAAAAUGCAAUUAUUAGGUAGAGUUUAAAUGUAUUUGCAAUGUUAUGCCAUUGACAGCCAUCAGAGUAGAGAAGUACAUAAGAUUCUCUUAGCUAUUUAGUAAUCUCAAGUAAUGUCAGUGGUUUCCAAUGAUGUACUUUUCUCAUAAUUAAAUUUAAAAACCUGGAGCAUUAUAAUGUAUUGACUGUUAUUUAGUUAUUUUGUGCCUUUUGAGAACCUUUACUUGAGUAUCUCCUGUUUAAAAAGUGCAAAUAAUUGUUUCAUGACCUUUUUGGCAGUUUUUUUAAUAUUAAAAGCUUUAGAAUGCUCCAUCAGUAACAA